AUGAAUAAUUCAUAUGAUAGAUCAAAUGUAGAAGGUUCAACUGUUCAUGAAGAUACUCAACAUAAAGAAAAUUUAUCAUAUAAAAUAAAUGAGGAAUUAUAUUAUUCAAGUGUUAAAAAAAUCCACAACAAUAAUAUUGAUGAGACUGUAAAUAAUCAUGAGAAUAUUGUGUUUCCAUGUGAUAGUAAUCAACAAAUAAAUUGUAAACUAAUAAAUGAUAAAAUUAAUGUAGAAUAUGCAAAUGAAAAUAAUAUAAAUAAUAUAAAUAUGAAUGGGAUGAAUUAUAUGAAUAAUAAAAAUAUAAAUAUGGAGAACAAAGUGUGUGGUGAAUAUGAAAAUGUAAAUAUUUUUAAUCAUGAUAAUCAUAUGAAUAAUUCUAUUAAUGUAAUACAAAAUGAAAAUAUAUUGUUAUCAAAGGAAUAUAAAGAAUCGAAAAAACAUCCUAAUGAUAGGAUGAAUAAUAUAGCUAUUAAUGCAGGUAGUACUACAAGUAGUCAUAAAAAGAAGAAAAAAAAUGUUACAUUUAGUGAUGAUAAUAUGUAUAAUAUAAGUUAUAGAGACAUAAAAAACAAUUCGAUGAAUUAUUAUAUGGAUAUUAAUAAUAUGAAUAAUGUGAAUAAUGUGAAUAAUGUGAAUAAUGUGAAUAAUGUGAAUAAUAUGAAUAAUGUGAAUAAUAUGAAUAAUAUGAAUAAUAUGAAUAAUGUGAAUAAUGUGAAUAAUAUCAAUAAUAUGAGUAAUACUAAUAAUUUACAUAAUUCAUAUCAUAACAGUGAUUAUAAAAAUCGGAAUUAUGAUAUUGUUAUGAAUCAUAUGAAUGAUCAUAUGAACUAUGCUAAUAAUACAGAUGGAGCUGUGAAAGGGAUUUAUAAUAUUAUAAGCUUAAAACAAAAUAAUUCCAACAAUAAUAUAAACAAACUAAAUAAUAAUUAUAUCGAAUAUGAUAUAAAUAAUAAUUCUAACAUCUAUGAAAAUUAUCAGAAUAAUAAUAUUUAUAAUAAUAAAAAUAAUAAUUUUAAUUCUGAUAUUGGAAAUACAAAUCAAGAUGAUAACAAUGUGAAUAAUAUAAAUAACAACUUUGUUGUUAAAUAUUUGAAAGACUUAGAAAAAAUUUAUCAACUAAAAAAACAUAAUAAGAAAUUAGAUAGCCACAAAAAUGUAAACAAUUAUUAUAAUAUGUUAGAGUUAUUAUAUAAUUCUUGUAAGAAAAAAAAAAAUUUGAAUGAUAAAAGAAUAAGGGCUCUAUUAUAUAUAUUCAAAUAUAUUAAAAAUUUAGAAAAAAAAAAAGAGCACAAUAAUUCAGACAUAUUUGAUAUAAAGACACUAAGGAGGUUAAACAAACAAGUGGAUUUAUAUAUUGACUUGUUAGAAAAAAGGAAAUAUAAAGAAGAUAUACAUUUACAAUUAAAACAGGAAAAAAUGGACACCAUCAACAAUAAUAAUAAUAAUAAUAAUUAUAAUUAUAAUAAUAAUAAUUAUAAUUAUAAUGAUUAUAAUAAAUCGAAUUAUCACGAAUUUAAACAACCCACUGAUUCAUAUGCACAUAAUAAAUUUAUAAAUAAUAUUAUGAAGAAUAAAUGUGAUUUAUUUUUUAAAUCUAAUAUUAAUAAUAUUAAUGUUCAAUCUCCAGAACAAAAUUUCUAUUUUAAUCAUUCACUGAAAAAAGUUAAUUAUAUAAAUAAUUUGUUAGUAUAUAUACACUUUAUAGUGUUUAAAUAUAUUACGCUUUAUUCAAUAAAUGAAUGGAACUUGUUGUUGUUUAAAGAUAUUGAUGCUUAUAAUGUUUGUGAGAAUAGUAACGAUCAAAGAUUAAAUAAGUCAUCGGUGGAGAGAGUAUUAUCACCUGGUGAUAUGGAAGAUGUUAAUCAUAUAAGUGAGGAUGAUAAUAAAAGUGAGGAUGAUAAUAAAAGUGAGGAUGAUAAUAAAAGUGAGGAUGAUAAUAAAAGUGAAGACGAUAAUAAAAGUGAGAAUGAUAAUAAAAGUGAAGACGAUAAUAAAAGUGAGAAUGAUAAUAAAAGUGAAGACAGUAACAAUAAUAAUGAUGAUGAUCAGGAGGGUACUAUAAAAUCACACAUAAAUGAUCAGAAUUGUAUGGAUCAAAAUAAGAAUAAAUUUGAGAUUCCUUUAAUUAGUUAUUUCGAGUUAGAUGAUUAUAAAAUAGAAAAGUUGAAUCCUCUUAAUAUGAAUGAAAAUAAUACAAUAGAUAUAAAUUAUUAUGAAUAUGUAAUUGAACCGUUUGAUUUUUUAUUUUAUGAUCAGGUUUAUAAUGAGAUAUAUAAUUAUUUGCAGAUGUUAAAAAAUCAGAGUUUAUUUCAAAAGGAUGAGAACAACAAUAAUAAUAAUAGGGAUAAUAAUAAUAAUAAUAAUAUGGAUUAUAAUAAUAAUAAUAGGGAUGAUAAUGAUAAUAAUAAUAAUAUUUUCAAUUGUUAUGAUAAUUCUCAACUUAUGAGACAACUACCUUAUCAAUAUUAUGAAUUUAUAGAAAUAUUAACAAAAGAAGUUAUAAAUGUGCGUGAUUUAAUUUAUCGUAAUAAAUAUAUAAGAUAUCUUUUUUAUUACAUUUAUAGAAAUAAUGAAGAUAAUUUGUUAGAAGGUAUAAACAAAAUAUUUUUCUUAGAAAAGAAUAAAGUGUUAUUAUAUAAAACGCAAACAAAAUUAAGAUACAACAUUUUUGUGUCACGAUUUUUAGAAAACAAUGGUUUAUCUACAACAAAUGAAGAAGAAAAAGAAAAUAAAAAAAAAAUUAGCUUCAUAGAAGCAAAGAAUAAAUUAUUUGAUAGUAUGUUUAAUGAGUAUAAUAUAUAUUAUAAUGAAUAUAUGAAAAAUAGUGAAAAAUAUAAUAUUGCUAGAAAGAAUAUUUUUAAUAUUAAGGACAAAAAAUUUACAUAUAUAAAAAAAAAAAUUAAUAUAUAUUCUGAUUAUUUUGAGCAUAUGAAAAAAAAGUUGUCUGUAGAAAAAUAUAAUCCACAAGAGGAUUCGAAGGAGGAAAUAAAUGAUAAUAUUAAUGACAAUAAUAAUAUGAAUGACCAUAAUGAUGACAAUGAUAAUAUUAAUGACAAUGAUAAUAUUAAUGACAAUGAUAAUAUUAAUGACAAUGAUAAUAUUAAUGACAAUGAUAAUAUUAAUGACAAUGAUAAUAUGAAUGACCAUAAUGAUGACAAUAAUGAUGUGUUUAAAAAUAUACAUCUUAUAGAAUAUGAGAAAGAAAAAAUUUCUUUUGAUGUGCCCUUUAAUUAUGUCGAAUUUUUAUAUGAAAAAAAUUAUGCCUUAAUUAUAAACAGUGAAAAAAAUAAUUCAAGAAAAUUAAAAGCUGCAUAUAUAGUAAAUAAGAAUUUAAAAAAUAAAGAAAACAUAUUAAUUAUAACUUCUAUAUUAAAUAUAAUGAAAUGGAAAAGUUUGUUUUUUACAUUUAAAAAUGUAACAAUAUAUAAAAAUGAAGAGAAUAUCAUUGAGAAUAAAGUAGAACAUAUACAUAAUAAUUUAAUUAUAUGUAUAGAUUUUUUGCCGAAAACUUUGAAUAUUAGAUGUGAUAUUAUUAUAUUAGAUAUGUGUCAUUUUAAUAUUAUAAAUCAGAUUAGUAUAUUGAAUGAAUUGUGUUUUUUAAAUUAUAAAAAAAAAAUAUUAAUAGUUAAUAAUAUUUGUGAUAAUUGGAAUUUUAUAUCAUCUUUAUUUUUAUUAAAUAAUCAUGUUUUUAAUAAAUCUUUUUUGGAUACUAUCAAAAUGAAUUAUAAUGAAGAUGAUAAGAAAAUUAUAAAUUAUAUGAUGUUAGAUUAUAUUUCACACUUUUGUGUAUUAAAUAAACAAAAAAAUUUAUUUUUCAAAGAUCAAAAAGUAGAUCAAAAUGUAAAUCUUAAUAUAAAAAAAAAAACAAAAGAUGAACAAAAUGGUAACACAAAUGAUAAGUGUGAUAAUACAAAUGACAAGUGUGAUAAUACAAAUGAUAAGUGUGAUAAUAAAAAUAAUGAUUAUGUUCAUACAAAUAAUGAGAAAUUAUUACAUCUAGAUGAUAACAAUGAAAUAAAAGAAACAAAUCCAAAAAAGAAAAGAAAUUUGUUUUUUAUUCUAACAUAUAUGAGUGGUAUUCAAAAAUGUAUAUAUGAUAAUGCUGAUGAAAAAAAUAAAAGAGAUACAUGUAUACAUCCAUUAUUAAUGUUAGAUGAGAAUUUAUUUUUAUUAAAAGAUUUUAAUAUAUCUGAAAAAUUUGAAGUAUUAAAAAAUAUUAUAAAAAAAUGUAUUCUAAUAAAAAAAAAAAUACUCAUAUGUUAUUCUGGAGAUGAAAAAAUAUUAAAACUUAUAAAAAUAUUAUUACAUUUAUAUGGAUUAAAUGAUUUUAAUGCAAUUACAUAUUUGACAUUACCUAAUAAUAAUCAAGAACAAAAAGAAAAUAUAAACAAUCUAGAUUUAUAUGAUGUAUCCAUAAUAAUAAAUGAUCAUAUAUCAUUCUUAAAAUAUUUCGAAAAUAUAAAUAUAACAUGUUAUUUUUUAGUAUCUACAUUUACAAAUGAAGAAGAUGAAUUAUUACAAUUAUAUGAACACUGGAAGGAUAUAAAGGAUGCUCAUAAUUUUUGGAACUUCAAUACUUUUAGUAAGAACAAAAUAAAUUUUUACCUGAACAAAAAAAAUACAGUAUAUGAUAAAUAUGAAAAUGUGGUAAGUCCAAUAUCGGAGGAAUCAAUAGCGCCACCACAGAUUUAUUAUUAUUUGGAAAACCCCAUGAAGGAAAGAAACGUUUUCAAUGGUUGCAUAUCAGUAGCAUUAGAAGACUUAAUCCAAGAAUUGAAUAGAAAAAAGGAAAUAACCGAUUUUGAUGAAAUGAAAAAAAAUGUUUUAUUAAAUAUACAACAGAAAGCUAAUAAAAAACAUUUCACUUCUGUUCGUAAAGUUGAAAAAAUUUUAUCUAAAUUUUUAGAAGAAAAUAAAAGUAAAUCCUUUGAUCAAUUUUUAAAGGGUUGUGAGGCAUAUGGGCAGAUUAUAAGUAAGUGCAAAGAGAAAUUAUUUGUUACCUUCAACAAAACAUACAAUGUCCAAUUUAAAAACUUUGAAGAUUUCUGGUGUGACGAUGAAAAGAAAAGAAAAGAAAAGUGGAAAAAAUUAUGGGAUAUGAAUGAAAAAAAUGCAUAUGAGAAGGAAAGCAAUUUAUUGUUUAAUGUGUGUAAUGAAAAAAGUGAUUUAACUGAUUUUUCUAAGAGUAGUAGUUUUGACAAAUUAAAGGGUGAUACUAAUAUAAACGAAAAGAAAAAUUUCAGAAUAAGAUUAUCAUCACAAUUAUUAGAAGAAAAAGAUCUCGAUCAAUUAUAUCAUGGAAACAAAAAAAUAUGUUUAUUAAAUGAUACUACUGAAAAAGAUAAAAAGACAUGUUUAUAUAAUGAAAGAAAAGAGGAAUGA